CUGUAGCAGUAGUUGUGAGAUUAACAUUUGAAGACAUUUUCGCAUCCUUGACUAAGAAUUGUGCAUCAGAGAUGCAGCUUUUGACUGUGACAGUUUUGGCCAUAUGUUGCCUCUGCUGCAACAUACAGGCAGAAGUGUUUACAUCAAUCAGCCAGAUGACAGAUUUGAUAUUUACAGAGAGGGAAUUAGUUCACUCUCUAAAGGAAUACAUCCAAGCCGAAGAGUCCAAACUUGCUGCUGUAAAAAGUUGGGCUAAUAGACUGGACGUCUUAACGCGUGCAUCUACCUCAGAUCCAGAGGGUUUUUUGGGUCAUCCGGUGAAUGCUUACAAGUUGAUGAAGAGGCUUAACACGGAAUGGGCUGAGCUGGAAAGCCUGGUGCUACAGGACCCUUCAGAUGGUUUUAUCUCAAACAUCUCUGUGCAUAGACAGUUCUUCCCUGACGAGGAGGAUGAGAAGGGUGCAGCAAAAGCAUUAAUGCGACUGCAGGAUACAUACCACCUGGACUCAGAGAGCUUUUCCAAAGGGAAACUGCCAGGGGUGCGUUUCAAUGCUUUUCUGACGGUAGACGACUGCUUUGAUAUGGGGAGGACGGCAUACAACGAGAACGAUUACUACCACGCAGUGCUGUGGAUGCAACAGGCCCUCAGACAGAUGGAUGCAGGCGAGGAAGCCAAAGCAUCGAAGUCAGACAUCUUGGACUACCUGAGUUACUCCGUCUAUCAGAUGGGAGACUUGCCUCGAGCUAUCGAGCUGACCCGACGCCUUGUCUCCAUUGAUCCCAGUCACCACAGAGCAAGAGGAAAUUUGCGCUACUUCGAACAAGUGUUCAGCCAACAGUUGAGCAACACAGAUCAAACCAAACAAGAUUCCUCUGAGGAGAAGCCUAUUGAGCUGGGAACCUAUAAUCGCCCGAAAGAUUAUCUGCCAGAAAGAGAGGUUUAUGAGGCCCUGUGUAGAGGAGAGGGUGUCAAAAUGACUCCAGAAAGACGCAGCAAGCUUUUCUGCCGCUAUCGGGAUGAUAACAGGAACCCGCGCCUCCUGCUUAAACCCGUAAAGGAAGAGGACGAGUGGGACAGUCCGCUCAUCGUUCGCUAUUUAAACAUGCUCUCUGAUGAAGAGAUUGAGAAGAUCAAAGAGCUAGCCAAACCCAAACUUGCGAGGGCGACAGUGCGAGAUCCAAAAACUGGCAUACUUACGACGGCAAAUUACAGAGUGUCAAAGAGUGCAUGGUUGGAAGAGGAUGAUGAACCAGUCAUUGCACGUGUCAAUCAGAGAAUAGAAGACAUUACUGGCCUAACAGUGGAAACCGCCGAACUACUCCAGGUUGCUAACUAUGGUGUUGGAGGUCAAUAUGAGCCACAUUACGAUUUUUCAAGGAAACAUGAGACCGAGGCUUUCAAAUCAUUAGGCACAGGAAAUCGUGUGGCUACUUUUUUAAAUUAUAUGAGUGAUGUGGAGGCUGGCGGUGCCACUGUGUUUCCAGAUUUCGGUGCUGCUAUCUGGCCAAGAAAGGGCACUGCAGUAUUCUGGUACAACCUCUUUAAAAGUGGAGAAGGAGAUUACAGAACAAGACACGCAGCCUGUCCAGUUUUAGUCGGCAGUAAAUGGGUGUCAAACAAGUGGCUCCAUGAGAGAGGUCAGGAGUUCAGAAGACCGUGUGGCCUCACAGAAGUGGACUAAGACAUCCGGGGUUUAAUCACAAACCAUCUCAGUGCCUAGACUGUGUCAGAUCAUCACCCUCACAUCACUCCAGUCUCUUUUACCAUGAUCCUAAAUCCACUUUGUCAGGAUUGGGUGCCAUGGUGAACAUUCAAGUAUUUAAAAACAGUGACCAAUGCAAAGUUGAAUACUCCAUAUGUAUUGACUUUUAUGGUCUUGUCUGCCUCUCAGCAUUUAUUUUUUAUUUUUGUGCUUUUACAAUUCAUGUUAUUUAGUUUUAUAAGAAAAGAGUACCAUAGCUUUGGAUUUUUUUGACUGUUCGAUGUUUAAAAAUGUAAAUGCGUCCUCAGGUUCUACAUCAUGAUUGGAUCACUUCUUCUGAGAUAAAGAUUUUAUUUUAACAUACAUAAAUUAUACUGUUUAUGGCAUUGCUUGUUUACCUACACAAAAAUAUACUAU